GGGCCGCCGCUGUGCGGGUUCAGCGGCGCGGAGGACGAGGAGCUGGAGCUCGGCCCCGCCGAGCUGCUGCAGCGCGACGUGGUGCUCUCCGAGCUGCGCGGCUGCCGGGUGCGGCUCCGCGGCAACGCCAACACGCUGCGGAUGCGGGACUGCCGGGGCUGCACCGUGCUCUGCGGGCCCGUUUCCACCUCCGCGCUGGUGGAUGGCUGCAGCGAUUGCCUCCUGGUGCUGGCCUGCCAGCAGCUCCGCAGUCAUCGCACCCGCGACUGUCGCUUCUACGUGCAGGUGACCAGCCGGGCCGUAAUCGAGGACUGCACUAAGAUCUCCUUCGCCCCCUACGCCUGGAGCUACCCUGGUAUCGAGAGAGAUUUCGAGUCUUCUGGGCUAGACAGAAACAGAAACAACUGGAACCUGGUGGAUGACUUUGACUGGCUGGCGACCGACAAGCCUUCGCCCAACUGGAGCCUGAUCCCCGAGCAGGAAAGAAUCAGCCGCUGGGACUGACUGCGGAGGCAGCUCGGUGCUGAGCGAGGAAUCCUGGUGUGAACGCAUUGAUUCAUAAACUGUGGGACUUCAUCCCCGAUAUGCCAUUAAAUGAUUCCAUUCGGUAUUUAAAUUGUGAAUUACAAUGUAUGACUGGAUUUUUCUAAUUGAAGAAUACCAGUCAAAUACAGUUCACUGUUCUUACACAAGUUGCUGCUAUAAUCUUUAUGUAUCACUGUGGAAUUUGCCAACUACUGCAGUACCUCAUUGCUGAGUUUUUCUAAUUAAGGUGGGGUAAGGGGCACCAAUCCACAAACAACAGUGAGCUGCUUUUAGGGCUGUUGUGCUGCUUUCACUCACACAGGCAGAAUCUGAAUUAGCUGCAAGUAGUACAAGCUGUACUGCAAUGGAAAGAUCAGAUACCAAAUUUCUCAUAUUUUUGUGGUUCUCAAGUUGCAGAUGGCAGUACACUGUCUUAUGGGGAGUAUGGGAGUGGAAUUCUGUGAGGUAACGGGGAACAGUGAAAUGUGUAAGUUGUCUUUCUUUACUUAGGCUUUUAUUUCAAGUGAGAUAAGUCUAAAGGAAAAAAGUCUCGUAAUGAACAUUUAAUGCUCUCCUAAUAUAUUAAUGAUUGUUUGAAAUUAUCAAACCUAUAGAGGCUACAUAAAUACUAAACCUUCACAAUCUGAAAAUAUUAUGUGAAAGAAUGCUCCUUCUGUAAACAGUUUCAACUUGAGAUAAAUAAAAUGAGUGCUUUGAGUG